UCUUGACACCCUAUAAAUACCACCAACACAAUCUCAUUAUUCUCACUUCCAUAGCCAUAAUCUAGCUCAAAACUUACAAUAUAUACUUAAAGCUCUUAGUUCCUAAAGACAAUGGGUUCUAGAUCACUUCAAUUUUCCGCAAUGUUGUUGAUCAUAAUCGCUUUAUCAGCAUCAAUUAUGCGUUCAAGUGAGGCUUUAUCAGCCAACUAUUAUGUCCAAUCUUGCCCAGAUGCUCUUUACACAAUUCGACGAAUUGUUGAGCAAGCCGUCCGAAAUGAGCCCCGGAUGGGUGCUUCUUUGCUUCGCCUACAUUUCCAUGAUUGUUUCGUCAAUGGUUGCGAUGGAUCAAAUCUACUAGACGAUACUCGGAGUUUCCAAGGAGAAAAAACAGCCCGACCAAACCUCAAUUCUCUCAGGGGAUUUGAAGUUAUUGACCAGAUUAAAUCAACUUUGAACUCGGCUUGUGGCGGUAACGUUGUCAGUUGUGCUGAUAUCGUCGCAGUUGCAGCAAGGGACUCCGUAAACAUUUUGGGAGGUCCAUCAUAUCCAGUUUACUUGGGCAGAUUGGAUUCAAGAACAGCAAGCUUAAACGACGCAAACAACCACAUCCCAGCUCCAUUUUUCAGCCUCCAACAACUAAUAAACAACUUCCAGAACCACAACCUGAAUCUACAAGACCUGGUGGUUCUAUCCGGCGGCCACACCAUCGGCGUUUCGCGGUGUGCUCUGUUCCUACCAAGGCUAGCCAAUGAUUCCAACAUUAAUGCUCAAUUCAAGGCCACAUUGCAGCAGGGAUGCCCGAAUCCUGCUGCCCAGAAUAACAACACCACCCCACUGGAUUCCACUACAAAUCUGUUUGACACUGCUUAUUUCCAGAACUUGCUGCAAUUCAAAGGGCUGCUUCAUUCUGAUCAGGAACUUUUUAAGAAUGAUGGGAGUAAGACUGAUAAGCUGGUGCAAUUCUACAGUAAUAAUCCUAGAGCAUUUUGGUAUGAUUUUGGGGUGUCCAUGAUCAAGAUGGGGAAUUUGUCACCACCUUCUGGAACAAAAGGAGAAGUCAGGCUCAACUGCAGAAGGAUCAAUUAAGAAAGACUCGAGUCAUCCCCUUGCAAUUUUCAUCAUCUUCAUUUUGUCUUUUUUUUUUUUUUUUUUAAUCUGUGAUUUAGAACUUGGAAGUGUGAUUUACAUUAUUUAGUUUCACCCCCUUUUUCAGUUGUUUAUUGUUUCAUUGGAGUGAGAAAUUCUGAAGACCACUUGCUUUGAGCAUUUUGCGAGAAAUGUAACUUAUGGUAUUUGGAAUCAAUUGAUGAGAAGUGUUCUUCAUAGAAUAUUCAAUGCAAGAAACCUUCUUGUUGUCUAGCUAACAAAGUUGUCAAAAACCCGCGUAACAAGUGAAAGAAGAAUACAAAAAUUGUUCUACCUGCC